UCAAACAAGCGGCUCCGAUAGGCUGUCGAUUCAUUAUUAAAUGAUAAACUGUUUCCUAACACAAGCUGUUUGUUCAGCGUAGUGAAGCCUCUCCUCUGUUGACAUCCAUUCAAAAAACGGCUUUGAUCUUUUUCCCUGCAAACAACCAAAGCGGCAGCGGCAACAUUGUUACUCUUUUCUGGCGAAAGGUUGCUUGUCAUCCAGUGUUUCGGUGCAGAGAGCCACGCUUCAUCACGGUUUAAUAGGUUUAUCAGAAGUCGUUCGUGGAAAGACGUUUUGUAAGUUUGUUUAACACCCCCGAGAAGGCAUAAGCUCUUGCGGUGAAGAACCUGCAGAAUGAAAGAUGAAGAUACAGAGGAACAAACAGUGUUUUGGUGCAGAGAGCCGCUUCAUCGCGGCUUAAUCAGAACUCGUUCACGGAAUUGUAAGUUAAAUCUGUAUAUCACCCCCGAGAAGGCAUAAGCUGUUGCGGUGAAGAACCCUGCAGAAUGAAAGAUGAAGAUACAGAGGAACAAACAGAACCAAUGGAACUGAAGGAAGACAAGCAGCAUCAGUUUGAAAAACCUCAUCAUUUUAAAAAUGAAAAUGGAAAUGCAGUCAUUUCACAGAUUGAACAGAAUUUCACACAAAAACAGGCUGGAAAAACUGGAGCCAAUGGACAUUUCACUUGCACUGGAGAGAAGCCUUAUACAUGCACUCCGUGUGAAAAUGGUUUCUUUGUCAAAGAAGAUCUAAAUGUGCACAUGAGAAUUCAACAAACAGAACCGAUGGGACUGAAGGAAGACAAGCAGCAUCAGUUUGAAAAACCUCAUCAUUUUAAAAAUGAAGAUGGAAUUGCAGUCGUUUCACAGACUGAACAGAAUUUCACACAAAAACAAGCUGGAAAAACUGGAGCCAACGGAUCCUUCACAUGCACUCAGUGUGGGAAGAGUUUCAACCGUACAUCAAACCUUAAGAGACACGUGAGAUUUCACACUGGAGAGCGGCCUUAUACAUGCACUCAGUGUGGAAAGAGUUUCUUUGUCAAACAAGAACUUACGAAGCACAUGAGAAUUCACACGGGAGAAAGACCGUUCGCAUGCACUCAGUGUGGAAAGAGUUUUAAAACUAGCAGUGUCCUGAAAAAACAUGAGCUCUCUCACUCCGGAGUGAGAUCAUUCAGCUGCGAUCAGUGUGAUAAAACGUUUGUUUUUGCAUCUUACUUAAAAGAACAUCUUAAACUUCAUGCUGGUGUGAAGCGUCACGUUUGCACUUUUUGUGGAAAGAGUUUUACACAACCGUACAGUUUACAAGUUCAUCAGAGUAUUCAUACUGGUGUGAGACCUUAUGUGUGCUCUGACUGUGGCAAGACCUUUUCUACGUCUAGUGACAUAAAAAAACACCAGAGGAUUCACACUGGAGAGAAACCGUACAAGUGCUCACACUGUGGAAAGAGCUUCGCUGAUUCAUCAACCUUGAAAACACAUGAGAGAAUUCAUACUGGAGAAAAGCCGUACCAGUGCUCUUCAUGUGGGAGGGAUUUCUCCCGCUCAUUUACUCUAAUAAAACAUAAGAUAAAGCAUUGCCCACAGUUGUCUAAGUCACAUUCAGAAGUAAAUAAUUAAUUGAUUUAAUCUAAAUUUUAAAAGAUAAGACACAAAAAAUAAAGUCAUUUUUAAAUGCCUAAUGGAUAAAGUUAACAUGAAGUCAAGGCGUUGCCCAUUGUAUUCAACAUUGCUAAUCAGCUAUUAGUAGCUCAUUCUUUUGCCUAAAAAAGGCACCAGAUGUUUUUCUUUUUAUAUUUAUAAAGUGAUUCUUCUCAUAAUGUAGACUCUAAACGCACUGAGAGAAGAUCAAAUUGCUCAGGAAAAGUGAAUCUGUCAUGUGUCUCUGGCAAUUCAGCAGUGCUUUACAGGUGCUAUCUAUAGCAGAUAAAAUGUGUAAGAUUUAACAUCAUACAUUGUAUGGUUAUACCUUAUAUUUUGACAAACAGUUUGGUAAAAAUGUAAUAAAAGUUAAAUUGUUAAGCAGAUUUUCCAUAUGAAGUUAUGAUAACUUGUUAGUGCCACAGGUGUUCCAUUAGAUGUCGCCAUUUGUUUUCAUUUCAGUUGGAUGAAUCUUGUGAUGAAUCUCUUAUUUGCAUGGCAUCUACAUGUUGUUAUAAUGAUUCGUGAGCUUGCAGAACUCAGCACCUGAAAAAAACUCAGUGUUUUGAGCGGUGAGAGAACAUUUGACGCUCUCCAUAUGCAGGUGCAUCUAAAAAAAAAAAAAUAGAAUAUCGUGGAAAAAAAUUUUUUGUAACAUUUCAAAAAGUGAAACUUUCAUAUAUUCUAGAUUCAUUACAUGUAAAGUAAAACAUAUUACCUCGCUUAUUACGCCGCUUACCUCGCUUAUUGGUUAAGUCCACCCCUGUGUGUCAGACUGUGGUUUUAUUUUUAUUGGGAGAAAUCUGAAUCGGACAACUUAUACAUGCAUUGUAUUAAUGAUAUUUUUAUAAUCCAACCGAGAAAACCGUAAUCUUAUCAAAAAGAUGGAAUUUGUUUCAAUAGAGUGAUUUAAUUAGAGGGUAAUUUGCUAAAAUUAGUAGUGAAGUUUGAUUAUUUGACAGGACAUUUUGGCAAGUAUUAAUAUUUGAAGCUAGUGUGCUGCUCUAAAAUGAAGAGAUGUUUUUUUUUUCUUUGAGGGGUUUUGUUUUUAUUAAUUGUGCACACUAGCAAUAUUGCAUUGAAAUCAUGUUGAACAUAGAAUAUUAAAUCUUUUUAUUAUUUAAAGAAAUAGUCUGUACAUUUUUAGACUGAGAAAUAAAAAGGAACAAAUUCUAUGUGACUAAAACGUACUUGUUUACAUGAAUUCAAGGGGUUAUACCUUACAGAAGAACCGCACAUGCAAUAACUUGUUUAAUCACGUGCAUCAUGCUCUACUGUUUGAAAUACAAUACUAAUAAAAUUAGAACUGCA